AUAUGUAUUUUUCCCAUAAAAGAAUACAAAAAGAAAAAGUCAAUUCACUUCACUUUAUUUUCCCAUUUUCUUCUCCGCAGUCUCCCCCUCUGUCAAACAAACCAAUUGAACCGGCACCGGUUUACCAAUCGCCGGUUCACCAAUCUAACAAACCAAAAAAAAACGUUCGCCGGAGAUCGGAGAGGGCGUUAACCGGAGCAAAGCCCUCUCAAAUCUCCGAUCAAUCUAUGGUUCACAAAAUCUCCAAUUUUUGAUGCGCCGAUCCAAUGCUCGAAAAAUAAACCCUAACGUUAAAGUUAACGGCGUUAAUAACAAUAACCAGAGAAUGGAAUUGGGUAAAUUCAAUUACCGGGUCAAUAGAUCUUCUAAUCGGAGCCCUAAUAGAGCCAAUUCGAAAUCAAAUAUUGUUUGUUAUGGUUUUAUAGUCUUUGUAGUUGCUUUUAUUUGUUACAUCGUCGUGUUUUCGAGUUACGUAAGGUUUACUGUUAAGAGAAAAUACGGAAUUGUUAUUGAUGGAGGAAGUACAGGUACGAGGAUUCAUGUGUUUGAGUACGAGGUUAGGAAUGGGGGUGUACCGGUGUAUGAUUUUGGGGAUAAGGGUUUGGUUUCGAUGAGGGUGAAUCCGGGGUUAUCAGCAUAUGCUGAGGAACCGGAGAAGGUGGAGCAAUCGUUGGGGAGGUUGGUUGAGUUUGGGAAGGGGAAUGUACCUAAGGAGUAUUGGAGUGAGACGGAGAUUAGGUUGAUGGCUACUGCUGGAAUGAGGUUGUUGGAUUUGGGUGAUCAGGAGAAGAUUUUGGAAGUGUGUAGAGGGGUGUUGAGGGAUUCAGGGUUCAAGUUUAAGGAUGAUUGGGCUUCGGUUAUUUCAGGAUCUGAUGAAGGUUUGUAUGCCUGGGUUAUUGCUAAUUAUGCCCUUGGAACUCUUGGUAGUGAUCCUUUGCAAACAACUGGCAUAAUUGAACUUGGUGGUGCAUCUGCGCAGGUGACUUUUGUUUCUAAUGAGCCUAUGCCCCCAGAAUAUUCUCGUACCAUUAAAUUCAGAAACUUUACCUACAGGAUCUACAGUCAUAGCUUGCUUCAAUUUGGCCAGAAUGCUGCAUUUGACUUACUCCUGGAGUCCCUUGUUGCGAGGGGCCAGCAUCAAGCUCCUCAAAGUGUUAAGCUGAUGGAUCCUUGUUCUCCUAGAGGAUACACACAUAACUUAAGUUCAUUGAAGCUCUCACCCAGUAGUUUCGCGGAAAGGACUAGGCACAUAUCUUCUUUGUAUCCUAGUGGUAACUUCUCAGAAUGCAGAUCAGCCUCGCUAUCGUUGUUGCAGAAAGACAAAGAGAGUUGUUCUUAUAAAAGCUGCUACAUUGGGUCUACAUUUAUGCCAAAGCUCCAGGGGAAUUUCUUGGCUACAGAAAAUUUUUUCUAUACUUCCAAGUUUUUUGGUUUGCCCCCAAAAGCUUUUCUUUCUGAUCUUGUGGUUGCUGGGAAAAGUUUUUGUGAAGAGGACUGGUCAAGGUUGAAAAGCAAGCACCCCUCCCUUCAUGAGGAGGAUUUGCACCGUUAUUGCUUCUCUUCAGCGUAUAUAUUGGCAUUACUUCAUGAUAGUCUUGGAAUUGCUUUGGACGAUGAUCGGAUUGGAUAUGCUAAUCAAGUUGAAAACAUUCCACUUGAUUGGGCAUUAGGAGCAUUCAUUUUGCAGAGCACGGCUGAGUUGGACAAAGAGCAUUCCGGGUGGUUUGCAAAUAUGUUCAGAUCAGAAGCCAUUUUCCUGCAUCUGUUGAUAAGGCGAAAGGACCAAAGUGGAUCAGCUGCCUCUGCCAAGAAUCUCUGCACACUUUGUUGUUUGGUACCCCGAGCAAGUGAUGCUAUACUUCGGCGACGUGAGAUCAAUCUUAUGGGACAGUUGAAAUGAGGUUGACGCCCAAUUAAAGAAGGCAUCUCUAUUCAUUGUUAUGAUAAGUUGAGCCAGAAGAGCUUUCGCUGAGAAUGUUAUCGUCGGUACGAGGAAGCAGAUAACUAGGAUGUAGAGAGCUGGUCUUUUUUGGUUGCCAAGGAAAUUGUACCAUUUACACUAUAGUCAUUACACGAUUUCUUUGCAAAGUAGAACUAAAGAUUUCUCUUGGGUGGUAUAUAAUUUAAAUCUGUUCAAAUUGACUAGCUUUGUGUGGGCGAUGGAGCCAAAGUUUGAGCUUUGUGGUUAUGCCAGACUUUUAUUUGGCAUGUUUAAAUUAAAGAUCUAUAGUGGAAAAUCUUAAGAAAUAAAUUCAUAUACAGAUCUAUGUUUUAUGCA